AUGGAUUCGCCAGAGAGCAAAGCGUAUAAGCUUUCAUCAGAAGACAAAGAAUUGAUAACAGCAAUGUACAAAAGAUUGGAUGAAGAAAGAAUGUGGCGUCUGAGUAUGGGGACAAUUGUCGAAAAGCAAAUGGAGAAAGUUGCAGCGAUAUGCAAUCAUGAACACUUAUCUCACUCGCUCAUUUUGGAUCCACAAGACAAUGUUUGGGCCCUUGUCUUCACUGAGAAGGAGAUCCAAGAAAUAAAAAGUCAUCAAGCACCGAAGCUGAAGACCAUACCUGAUGAAAUGAAUGAAUACAUUGCCAAAUAUAAAGGUUUAAUGAGCACGUCCAUUGCUAAAGUACUCGACUUGCUUUAUUAUAAUUAUCUUGGUAAAGAGCGUAGUGAAUCCGAUCUACUGAAACAUGUGUGGACCAUCAUCGACUGCUGCUUCUACCAUGAUACCAUCGAUGUCUUCUCCGGGGAGCAGAAAAGCAAGAGCACGAACAACCGAGUCAACAAUGACCGUUCAGUAGCAGCACAAGAGCCAUGCCAACGCAGAAAAGUUGGUUCAAAAACUGACUUAUUGUUUGCCACUGACGUCGUUGAGCUUGGAACUGCGGAAGCCGGAAAAGACACUGAUAUCAAUAGCACAAAGAUGAUAUCAGAAUCCGGGUUUAAAACACCCAAAGUCCUAAAGGACAUGUUGUAUCAUAUGGUGAAGGAAACACCAGCAAAACUCUGA